AUGUAGAGUAUCAAUGCACGUGUAGAAAAUGCGUGUUUUAUUUGAAGCAAGUUGCUUUGCAGUUUUGCUUUGUGUAACAAAUGUGAUUUUGGGGGAGAAUUUAAUUACAGAGGAGUCCGAUGGAAUCGAGUUCUUGGAUUGGUACAAUACAGAGCUCUCAGAAGUGGAAUAUAACUACUGGACAGUACAGUGGAAAUAUUACACAAAUAUCACGGACUUCAAUCAAAACAAAACGGUAAAGGCAGAUGUCUGGAGGUCAAAAUUCAUUCGAGAAGCAGCGAAAAAUGCCUCCCACUUUGACUGGAAAAACUUCCAAAACGAGACUGUCAAACGGAUGUUCUGGAAGAUAACCAGAAAUGUAGGACCGACAGCUCUCGGUGAUCCGGAAAAAGUUAAACAGUUAGGUAACGUUGAAGCCGAGAUGAAGAAGAUAUAUAGCGAGGCAGUUGUAUGCAAUGUCACGGGGAGCGACUGUAUAGACAUGGAAUUCGGGCUAACUCCAAUCAUGGCGGACAACAGGAACUACGACACUUUACUUCGGGCCUGGAAGGGGUGGAGGGACGCCAGCGGCAAACAGAUAGGGGACCUAUACACGGAGUACGUCACACUGCUGAACGAAGGGGUCAGGGAGGCACCCGGGGAUUACGCCGACAUGGGGGAGUAUUUGCGGGACUGGUACGAAUCGUCCACGUUCCAGAGAGAUCUGCAGGACCUUCUGAGACAGCUACAGCCCCUGUACUCCCAGCUCCACGCCUACGUCAGGGCCCGCCUACAGGAACAAUACCCCCAGCAGCGCUUCCCCAAGUCCGGCCAUAUACCGGCACAUAUCCUCGGAAAUAUGUGGGCUCAAAACUGGGAAAACGUGUACCACAUAGUUCAGCCUUAUAAAGAUAGACCGGAAAUCGAGGUUACAUCUUCACUCAAAAAUCAGAACUACAACGCGACAGAAAUAUUCAGGACAGCAGAACAGUUUUUCACCAGUCUGGGAUGGCCCUCUCUGCCACACAGCUUUUGGGAAAAGUCAAUGUUGUCAAAACCAACAGACGGCCGAAAAGUCGUGUGUCAUCCGUCGGCAUGGGAUUUUGGCAACAGCAAAGACUUUAGGAUAAAGAUGUGUACCGCCAUCACGAUGCCUGAACUGAUUGUAGUCCAUCAUGAGAUGGGACACAUUAUGUAUGACAUGUUAUAUAAAGACCAGCACAUCACGUUCAGGGAAGGGGCAAACCCGGGUUUUCAUGAAGCCAUUGGAGAUUUGAUAGCUCUGUCGGUGUCAACGCCUUCUCAUCUGAAGAAGAUUGGCCUGCUGGACUGUGUACAGAACGACACAGAGAGCGAUCUGAACUUUCUGAUGGCACAAGCUCUCCGGAAGAUAGCCUUCAUUCCCUUUGGUUACCUGAUUGACCAAUGGCGAUGGAGCGUGUUUAGCGGGAACACUACGGACUCUAACUACAACAAACACUGGUGGGACCUCAGAUGCCAAUAUCAAGGAAUUUACCCUCCUGUUGAGCGAAGCGAAGAAGACUUUGAUCCUGGUGCUAAAUACCAUAUCCCAUCGGGUACCCCGUAUAUCAGGUAA